GAGUUCCUGCUCGGUGGUGCAUCCUCCAUGUGUGCCGUACUAUUCACAAACCCUCUGGACGUACUGAAAACUCGCCAACAGCUCGAGGGUGAGCUGAUAGCGAAACAGAACCUCACAAAGCGUUCGUACAGGGGCAUCCAUCAGUCCUUCCUCACGGUGGUCCGAACGGAUGGGUUGCGUGGCCUUCAGAAAGGACUACCAGCAGCCCUGCUCUUCCAGUUCUCCAUGAACAGUGUCCGGCUGGGGACGUAUCAGACGGUAGAUAAUCUUGGCUGGACGAAAAGUGCUAACCAUCCCUCACUGACACCACUCCUAUCGGUGUUCUGGGGCGGGUGUGCCGGUCUCGUGAGUGCCACUGCAUCCUGCCCAUUCUACGUAGUGAAGAUACAGCUCCAGGCGGUCACUUCGGGGUCUUAUACGGCACGGUUUCAGCACCAUCACAGCGGAACAGUGUCGGCGUUUGUGAACAUCUACCGGCAGAGUGGCGUUCGAGGGCUGUUCCGGGGGUAUCCCGCAUCGGUUGCUCGUCUUGUCGUGGGAUCCACUGCAGAAAUGGCUUCGUUCAGUGUGUGUAAGCAGUUCUUCUUGCGCUAUCAAGUAUUUCAGGAAUCGAUUGUACUGACCGCGCUGGCGAGCAGUACGGUGGCGGGAUUUUUUACAAGCGUUUUGAUGUCACCGUGUGAUGUCGUCACUACACGCAUGACCAAUCAAGCCGUAUCUGCCAACGGAAAGGGCCUGCUGUACACCAACAUCUUCGAUUGCUUCCUGAAGAUCUACCGAUCGGAAGGCAUCCACGGUUACUACAAAGGAUUCGUCCCGAUGUAUCUGCGCGUUGCUCCACACACGAUGCUCAACCUUACCUUCUGGGAGUUCUUCAAGGGUCUUCAUGAGCAGUGGAGAAUAUAAUGGGGAAAUCGACUCAAAGGACUGCAUAAAAAGAUUGUAACGGUUCAAUUGUGCAGAUUGCAUUGAAGCUAUCGGAACUUACUUCAUUUAAGUCCUAAGAAAUAGUAAUGAUCUAUUUCCAAUGAACGCUUCCCAGCAAAGUAUGCGACUACAGUUCUAUGUUAAAUCUAUAUGCCUACUUACCCAGGUCCACAACACGCAAACCGACAGUAAUGAGAGAGCGUACAGAGUCGGGUAAAAUGUGAUUCCUUUACCGCGAAACGCACGCAUUCCGGAAGCAAUCCCCAAAGAGCAAAGGUGCCCCGAUUACUUCCCCAGUUUUCCGAUGAAUUUGCUAUCCACAUUAUCGCUAAGUGUAAUAAAGUUAGAUCGAACAAAACCGUCCCUAAAUAACAACCUCGCCUCUCACAUCAGAUGACGUUAAUUGUCAAGAAAUCUACGCCCAGGUUAAUUCGCGCUCACGUCCCAAGAAUCAUGGCGGGUGAAAAUACUCCCAAACACUCAACCGAGAACAUUCCAACUGACUGGAAAUGGGAGGGGGGAAAGGAAGACUCUGAUGAUGGGGAUAAAUUUCAUGCGAAUGCGUUCGUAUCGUAGAAUGUUUUUUGUUGUAUUCCUGGUAAAACGAAACGUUGAAAACGAUUAGACACAGCCACAUCCACGGAUGCGUAGGAUGCGAUGGUCCCUUUUUACGGCGCCCCGAAUGAUGAAGAUGAUGGAGAUGGUUGUGUGCCCUUCAUACACACACACACACUCACAGAAUGCUCAUGUGCUUGCGUUUUCAUUUUUGGAACUGCCUGCGGACGAACACCGCACACACACACACACACAUACACGUGUGUAUCCUUUCUCGGUACAGUCGAGCGGUUCAUAGGUUGUUUGAACAACCUUACCUUGCACAAGACGUUUCGUGACGCUGACUAUUCUUCGCGUGAGAUGGUGGCAGCUCGACUAGGAUCGGAUAGGAUAGGGCAGCAAGGAACGGAACUGUGGAGGGGGAAGGGGAAUUUGGUUGAAAAUUCAUUUUCCCACCAAACAUAGCCAUCGGGCAGGCAAGGCGCACCAAACAAAAAAACCAAGC